CAUAAACCCUCCACCCCCGCCCGCUAGGGUUUCUCCCCCAAUUCGCCGCGCCGCCACCGCCGCCGCAGCCAUGGCCGCCGACACCUCGAAGCCGUUCUUCCCCGCGGCGCCGAACCAGGCUCUCCUGCCGUCCCGGAGCGCCGCCGCGCGCGCCUCCCUGGACGGCUCCUAUUGGCGCGCCUUCCGCUCCUCCGAGCUCGUCUCCGGCGCCGACUUCCCCGUCACCGACCUCACCUUCGCCCCGGCCGCCAGCGCCUCCUCCUCCCCGACCCUCGCCGCCGCGUGGUCCACCUCCGUGCACCUCUUCUCCGGCGACCCGCUCGAGCCGCUCCGCCGGAUCUCCGUCGCCGGCGAUCUCGCCUUCUCCCCCUCCUUCCGCUGCGACGGCGCCCUCCUCGCCGCAGGCGACAAGAAGGGCGUCGUCCGCGUCUUCCGCGCCGACAAGCCCGCAGCGGGCGCCGCCCUCCGCACGCUGCGCUCCCACGCCGCCGAGACCCGCGUCGUCCGGUACCCGGUCGCCGGCGGGGACAAGCUCCACCUGUUCACAGCCGGAGACGACGCGCUCCUCACCUACUGGGACGUGCCCUCGGAGACGCCCGUCUUCUCCGUCCCCGCAGCGCACCGGGACUACAUCCGCGGCGGCGCGGCCUCCCCCGCCGACCACAACCUCUUCGCCACGGGCUCCUACGACCGCAGCGUCAAAUUGUGGGAUGCCCGCACGGGAAACACAGGCCCGUCGUUGUCCUUUUCCCACGGGGAACUGGUGGAGAGCGUGCUGUUCCUGCCGUCCGGGGGGUUGCUGGCCACGGCCGGAGGGAACGUGGUCAAGAUUUGGGACGUCAUUGGCGGCGGCCGGCUCAUGCACUCUAUGGAGAGCCAUGUCAAGACUGUGAUGGCGCUGGCGCUUGCGAAGAUGGUCAACGCCGGGGAGACGCGGCUGCUUAGUGCGGGCAUUGAUGGGUAUGUGAAGAGCUUUGAUUUUGGCAAGCUUAAGAUCACACAUUCCUUGCGGCACCUGCAGCCACUCCUGUCUGUUGCUUGCUCGCCCUGCGGCACUGUCUUGGUGGCUGGGUCUGCGAAAGGGAAGAUUUAUAUGGGCAAGAGGAAGAAGAAGGCUGUGGAUGAGGAGGAUGAAGGGAAGAAGGCUGGCAGUGGUGAGAUUGAUUGGGUAUCUCCAGAGCCGGAGAAGCCAGUGUUGAGGCCAAAUUACUACAGGUACUUCCUUCGUGGACAGAAUGAGAAGGCCAAAGAGGGUGACUUUGUGAUUGAGAAGCCUAAGAAGGUGAAAGUUGCAGAGCAUGAUAAGUUGCUGAGAAAGUUCAGGCACAAGGAUGCUCUAGUUUCAGCAUUGGUUAAAAACAACCCAAGAAGUGCUGUGGCUGUGAUGGAGGAGCUAGUUGCAAGGAGAAAGCUGGUGAGAUGCAUUGGGAAUUUGGAUACAGAGGAACUUGGGCUUCUGCUUGAGUUCCUUCGCCGUAACGCGACAUUGCCAAGGUAUGCAAGGUUCUUGUUGGGUGUGGCAAACAAGGUACUGGAGAUGCGAGAGGAGGAUAUCCGGUCUGAUGAGAAGCUGAGGAUGCACAUUAGGAAUCUCAAGAGAAUGGUUGGAGAAGAGAUUCAGAUACAGCACACAUUGCAGGGGAUUCAAGGAAUGAUUUUGCCCAUGCUUGCACUUGCCACCAGAUGAGAAGGAACAGCUAAGACAUCACGAGAUAUGCGAGAAAGAGUGGGAUACUCAACCGAGUUACUCUUCCACCAUGCGAGUAUAUCAAAAGUUUCACUUCGAGGAAUUGGAGGCUUCGCUAAAUAGGCUUCAAGAUCAC